AUGGACAGAUGCGAAAAGGUAAAUGGUCAGAGUACGUUGUUGCGUCCUGCACGCCCCUGCGACGUGUGUAGACGGCACCCGGUUUACGACGGAGGCCGACGUUCAAAAGCGACCGGACACCGUAUGAGCAGAGACUGCGAUUACGUUAAUAAUGAUAAUUUAUGCGCUAGCAACUUUUACAGAAACCACGAGGUAUGGCCAAGGAAAGUGCAGCGGAUCGCCAGAAAGCCCGAGUCGGGCAACGGAGAUUUUUCUGUACUGCCGUGCCACCGGUCAUCGUCAUCAUGGAAAAGGCGCGAUGAGCCCGGAAGAACACUGCUCGUACACGGGUUGGGUCGCGAUAUGAAUUGCGACAACGUCUUCAAUAUGUUCUGUCUAUACGGAAACGUGACGGCUGUAAAGAUACUGAAAAACAGGCAAGUUCUCGUUGAGCUAGACGACGUCAAGGCUGCCGAACGUUGUGUGUCCAACCUGCACUUGUUGCCGUUGGAUCAGAAAACCAAGUUAAAAGUCAAGUAUUCCAAAUAUUCUUAUAUACACGACAAAGGAACGGUAGCCAAAUUGUCGGACGGAACACCGGCACAAAAGAAUUAUACUCCCAGCAUAUUGAAUAGAUUUUCGAGCAAAACAAAUUUUAUGGAUAAGCGUCGAAUCGCAGCUCCAUCGAAAAUUUUACAUUUCUUCAACGCGCCGAUGGACAUUUGCGGCUUAAACAUUCGUAGGGCAGUGAUAAACGCCCUCGAUUGCAAAGACGCGGUCCGGUCAAUAACAAUUCUGCCCCAAAAGCAACCCGACGCAAAAUGUUCGACGGGCCUUUUGGAAAUGAAAAGCGUCGACUUGGCGGCUAAAGCUUUAUUAUUGUUGAACCAUAUGAAAUUAGAAUCGUCGAGAUCCAGAUUCCCGUUCCUGUUAAAAUUGUGCUUUUCAAAAUGGUCAGAGAUGCGGCAAAAGUCCGGAAACUCGACAGCUCUGGUUUUCAACACCACGCCACGUACUCCUUGGUUGUUCCAUAGAUCUGACCACGGCGUAUCCUCGGCGGAAUUCACUAUAUCGCAGAUAACCCGAGCGACCGAUGACGGUUACCCGUGGACCUUAUGGGAUUUGAGAAAACGAGCGACAGAGACCAUUGUCCACGAAGCUGUAAUCUCCACAGAUACCGAGUGUGGACCUAGUGGUCAGACGGGCACGUUGCAGGACCUGCAGUUGGUGCGAGCAGGACGGUCAGUUGACACGUAA